UCUGCUGGGAGCAUUUCUCAUACCCUGGUCCAUCAGUGACCAACACCUGGAACAGGUUCAACACAGAGGACCUGGUGCACAUGGCAACAUGGACGUCAGGAGACGGGGACCUGUUUGAUCAGACUCAGCUGCUGCCUGUGGGAAUUAAUGGACGAAUACCCCAACCCUUUAACUCCAAUGUCAGUGCCCUCUACUGGUCCACACUCUCCACAGCUAGAGGAACAUGGCUCAUUAUGACUCGUUAGAUGACAAGGACUCUGUGGAUAUUCAUGACAACCCGCCGCUCCCUGAUAAUGUGGUGAAAGAGGAGGACAACACGGUGUAUUUUAUUUACGAUGAGGAGGUGGAAGAAGAAGAGAAGGAGGAACCUCCUUCUCUAGAACCAGUCAAACCAGUUAAUGACAAACCUCACAAGUUCAAGGACCACUACUGCAAGAAGCCAAAGUUCUGCGAUGUCUGCGCACGGAUGAUAGUUUUGAACAAUAAGUUUGCAUUGCGAUGUAAGAACUGCAAAACCAGCAUCCAUCACCAGUGUCAGUCCUAUGUGGAGUUUCAGAGGUGUUUUGGCAAAAUUCCCCCAGGAUUCAGACGAGCGUACAGUUCUCCUCUGUACAGCAGUCAGCAGAACGCCACCGUCUCACAGCUGCUGCCUUUUUCACAGUCAAACCGCACUGACCCUGUGUUUGAGACUCUACGUAUUGGUGUCAUCAUGGCCAACAAGGAACGAAAGAAAGGCUCAGAGGACAAGAAGAACAUGAUGAUGAUGAUGGAGGAGGAUGAGUCUCAGCCUAAACCAGAGGAGGAAGGAGGUGAUGGAGCAAACACAGAUGGAGACAAAAGAGGAGACAAGGCUCCCACUGAUGACAAGAGUAAAAAGCUUCAGCCAGGGAAGAUCGGCGUGUUCAGUCAGUCUCACUAUUACCUGGCUCUUUACCGUUUUAAGGCCAUAGAAAAAGACGACCUAGACGUUCAUGCUGGGGACCGCAUCACAGUGAUAGACGACUCCAAUGAGGAGUGGUGGAGGGGGAAGAGUGGAGAGAGGACAGGCUUCAUCCCUGCCAACUACAUCAUCCGAGUGCGAGCAGGAGAGAGGGUCUACAAGGUGACACGAUCCUUUGUUGGCAACAGAGAGAUGGGCCAAAUCACUCUGAAGAAAGACCAGAUUGUGGUGAAGAAGGGUGAGGAGGUGAACGGCUACCUGAAGGUCAGCACAGGACGAAAGCUCGGCUUCUUUCCUGCCGACCUGCUGCAGGAGAUCUGAGGAGGAGCACCAGCCAUCACACCACCUGCUGUAACUGACAAGGCAGAAGCAGCAGUAACACUUUAUACUUGAAUUUAUUGUCAGCACAUUAAUUUUUAGGUGUGCUUUUCCAUUGACUACAGUAUAUUCUUUGCACAGACUAGCGAGA